UCUUGGAAUGCUUACAGUGGAGAGGACAAAUUGACGGAUCGAGCUGCGGAAAACUGUCCGGUCAGCCGGAAAUUGAGCGUUUCUUACAGAGCCAGUGUAGGUUGCUCCUUCUUACUCUUGGCGAUUCAUGUUCUUAUGCUUUUUAUUUUGCAAAAUGGAAGUGGUUCUCAUUGCGAUUCCAGAGUCGAAGUUCUUUCCUCUGAGAUAACGGAAGUGAUAGCGUGGGGAGGAGGAAUUUUCGCAGUUUUUACGGUCUUGCGCGAUAAAUCCGUCAAGUAUCCAUGGAUUCUACGAGGAUGGUGGUUUUGCAGCUUCGUUUUGUCGAUUGUUCGUCUGGCUUUGGAUGUGUAUUUCGGAAAUGUCGAUCAGUUGAGAUUGCAAGAUUAUGCCGAGUUUUUCAGCCUUCUUCCAUUGGUUUUCCUGUUAGGGCUUUCAAUCUAUGGGCGGACAAAUAUGGUUUUCAAUGUUCAUAAUGGCUUGGAUGAUCCACUUCUCCGGGGAAAGUGUUUAGAACAAAAGGGAGAUGAGAAGGAUUCUCCUUAUGGAAGGGCAUCGCUUCUUCAACUCCUUACCUUUUCGUGGCUUAAUCCCCUGUUUUCUGUUGGAUACAAGAGGCCUCUGAAGCAAGAGGACAUACCAGAUGUUUGUACGUUUGAUUCUGCCAAAUUUUUAUCGCAUUCCUUUGACGAAACCCUAGAUUCUUUAAGGAAGAAGAAUAAUAACACAAACCCAUCAAUCUACGAGACAAUAUAUUUGUUUGGACGAAAGAAGGCAGCAAUAAAUGCUUUGUUUGCUGUUCUAGGUGCUGCAAUAUCAUAUGUUGGACCAUACCUUAUUGACGACCUUGUGAAAUUCCUCACUCAGAAGAAAAUGCGGAGCUCAUCAAGCGGGUAUUUUCUUGCACUUGGCUUUAUUAGUGCAAAGGUGAUCGAGUCAAUAGUUCAAAGGCAAUGGGUUUUCGGUGCACGCCAACUGGGUCUUCGUCUUCGAGCUGCUUUGAUAUCUCACAUAUACCAGAAGGGCUUGCGUCUGUCAAGCCGAUCUCGCCAAAAUUGCACGAGUGGGGAGAUCAUGAACUACAUGAGUGUUGAUAUCCAAAGAAUCGCGGAUUUCUGUUGGUUCUUGAACAUCCUGUGGAUGUUACCCGUACAAAUUUCAUUAGCUAUGUAUAUUUUGCAAACAAAUCUGGGAUUGGGAUCAUUGGCUGCAUUAGCAGCAACUCUAGGAGUUAUGUCCUGCAACAUACCAAUUACCAGUAUUCAGAAAAAUUACCAGACGAAGAUAAUGGAAGCUAAAGAUAAUAGGAUGAAAACCACUUCGGAAAUUCUCAGAAACAUGAAGACACUCAAACUUCAAGCAUGGGAUACUCAGUACCUCCAAAAGCUAGAAAGCCAAAGGAAAGUGGAGCAUCACUGGUUAUGGAAGUCGUUGAGACUAAUGGGAGUCUCAGCUUUUCUCUUUUGGGGAGCGCCGGCUUUUGUCUCUGUUAUAACAUUCGGGGUGUGUUUCUUACUGGGGAUAGAAUUGACUGCUGGAAGAGUCUUAUCUGCUUUGGCUACAUUCCGUAUUCUACAAGACCCAAUAUUCAAUCUCCCUGAUUUACUCUCUGCUCUUGCACAAGGCAAAGUCUCAGCGGAUAGAGUUUCUUCAUACCUCCAGGAGGAUGAAAUACGGCAGGAUUCCAUCACUUAUGUUCCUAGAGGUCAAACAGAGCUUGAUAUAGAGAUAGAAAAUGGAAAAUUCAGUUGGGACCUGGAAUCAAGCAAGGUAUCUCUUGAUCAGAUAAACUUGAAAGUGAAAAGGGGGAUGAAAGUGGCAGUAUGUGGGAUGGUAGGUUCGGGAAAGUCCAGCUUGCUCUCUUGCAUACUUGGUGAAAUAGAAAAGCUCUCUGGGACAGUGAAGAUCAGUGGUACAAAGGCAUAUGUUCCUCAGUCUCCUUGGAUACUGUCGGGGAGUAUCAGGGAGAAUAUUCUUUUUGGAAAUGAAUAUGAAAGUACCAAAUAUAACAGAACCAUUAGUGCAUGUGCUUUGGUAAAAGAUUUUGAGUUGUUUUCUUGUGGCGACUUAACUGAAAUUGGAGAAAGAGGGGUAAAUAUGAGUGGGGGACAGAAGCAGAGGAUACAAAUUGCUCGUGCAGUUUAUCAAGAUGCUGAUAUUUAUCUCCUUGAUGAUCCUUUCAGUGCAGUUGAUGCUCAUACAGGCACUCAACUCUUCGAGGACUGUCUAAUGGGUGUUCUCAAGGAGAAGACUAUAGUUUAUGUCACCCACCAAGUCGAAUUUCUACCGGCAGCAGACCUCAUCCUGGUGAUGCAAGAUGGAAAAAUUUCUCAAGUUGGAGGAUUUGAAGAACUUUUGAAACAAAACAUAGGGUUUGAAGCUUUAGUUGGGGCUCAUAGUCAAGCUUUAGAGUCUAUCCUCACAGUUGAAAACUCAAGUAGAAAAACCCAACUGCCAAAUCCCGAAAAAGAAUUGUAUGAAGAUUCUAUCAUAAAUGUGGAGCCUAUAAACUUACAAUAUGAUUUAGUGGAGAUUAAAAAACCUGCAGAGAUAACAGCUAAGGGAGGACAGUUGGUUCAAGAGGAAGAGAGAGAGAGAGGAAGCAUUGGUAAAGAUGUGUACUGGUCCUAUUUAACCACUGUCAAAAAAGGAGCAUUGGUUCCAAUCAUAAUCUUGGCACAAGUAUCAUUCCAAGCUUUACAGGUAGCUAGUAACUACUGGAUGGCAUGGGCUAUUCCUCCUACAAGUGAUACACAACCAGUAAUUCGGAUGAAUAUCAUACUACUUGUUUAUUCAUUACUUGCUGUUGGAAGUUCACUUUGCGUGCUAUUGCGAGGUAUUCUAAUUGCCAUAACAGGACUUCAAACAGCACAAACGCUCUUCAGAAAUAUGUUAUAUAGUGUAUUCCGGGCACCAAUGGCGUUCUUUGACUCGACUCCAACUGGAAGAAUUAUAAACCGGGCUUCCAAUGAUCAAAGCGUUGUAGACUUGGAAAUGGCUUUGAGGUUAGGAAUGUGUGCAGUUUCAAUAAUUCAGAUUAUAGGGACCAUUAUAGUAAUGUCUCAGGUAGCAUGGGAAGUGUUUGUUGUUUUUGUUCCUACAAUUGCAGCUUGCAUUUGGUACCAACAAUAUUACACACCGACAGCCCGAGAACUUGCUCGGUUAUCUGGGAUACAACAAGCUCCAAUCCUCCAUCAGUUUGCAGAGUCCCUAGCAGGAGCAGCAACUAUUCGCGCUUUCAAUCAAGAAGACAGAUUUUUCAAAACUAACCUUGCUCUUAUUGAUGACUUUUCAAGGCCGUGGUUCCAUAAUGUUUCAGUCAUGGAGUGGCUUUGUUUCAGACUGAACAUUCUAUCAAAUUUUGUUUUUGGAUUUUCAUUGGUUUUGCUGGUAUCUCUCCCCGAAGGAGUUAUUAAUCCAAGUAUGGCAGGUCUGGCAGUGACGUAUGGGAUAAACUUGAAUUAUAUGCAAACUUCAGUUAUCUGGAACAUAUGCAACGCAGAGAAUAAAAUCAUAUCAGUUGAAAGAAUUCUUCAGUACUCAAGAAUAAAGAGUGAAGCACCUCUUGUUAUUGAGAAUUGCAGACCACCAAGCAAUUGGCCGCAAGAUGGGAGGAUUUGCUUCAAAAAUUUGCGGAUUCGAUAUGCGGACCAUCUCCCGGAUGUCCUGAAAAGCAUCAGUUGCACCUUCCCAGCAAGAAAGAAAGUGGGUGUUGUAGGAAGGACGGGCAGUGGGAAAUCAACUCUCAUACAGGCACUUUUUAGGAUUGUUGAACCUAAAGAGGGAAGCAUUAUAAUAGACGACAUUGACAUUUGCAAGAUAGGCCUCCAUGACCUGAGAUCAAGGCUAAGCAUCAUCCCUCAAGACCCUUCCAUGUUUGAAGGAACAGUUAGAGGAAACCUCGACCCACUGGGUCGGUAUACUGACCAGGAAAUUUGGGAGGCCUUGGACAAAUGUCUACUAGGUGAUUUGGUGCGUGCAAAGGACGAGAAGUUGAAUUCUUCAGUGGUUGAAAAUGGAGAAAAUUGGAGUGUGGGUCAACGACAACUAUUUU